UGUAGCUCGUCGUGGCGCGCUCCGUAACUUUUAUUGUUUUUUUUUCAACUUCCCAUCGAGCCAACCGCUUGCUCGGUCGUCUUUUACCUGCGUGCGCUUAAAAUUUAUAAACUGUUUCGUAUCCCGUACCCUCUAGUUAAGUGUUAAUAACGUUCGCGUAGUUCAAAUCUCGAAGUGAAACCUCCGAAACUCCAGAUGUUUUAAACUAGCGGCAAUAACCUCGUUUAGUGUCAACAAAAUAAAUAAACAGUGGUAACAAGUUGCCGUACGUAACAAAAAGUAUUGUGAUAAAUUAAACAAUGAACUAAACUGGUAUACCAGGACGAGAAUGGGCUUCGUUCAGUAUAGCAACGUGAUUAUAAUCAACCAGAAAGUUUCUACUCCAGCUUCACCCACAUAUCGUUUAUGAGCAUAUAAUUAACGAUCAUGAUGUUCGGGAUAUACAAAGUUGCGGCGAUUAUAUUCCUCGCAGCUCUCAGCAAAGGUGAACUACCCGAAGAUGACUUCAGGAUAAUCAACAGACAAGACCUGUUGGCGUCAGAUAGCGAUAUCUUUCAAGAUAAGAACGGCAAGUCAUUUUCGCAACUGCUGUUUGACGUGGCAAGAGAACAGGUGAUAGUGGGCGCAAGGGACACCCUCUACCGUCUCUCUCUUCAGGGCCUGAGACCUUUGGAGCGCGCGGACUGGCCUGCCCCACCCGAAAAGGCAAAGCUAUGCCAAGACAAGGGCCAGACCGAAGAGGACUGUCACAACUACAUCAAAGUCCUGCUUUCUUACGAGCAGAAGCUGUUUGCGUGUGGGACCAACGCGUUUAGUCCUAUUUGCAGCUGGAGGGAGAUCGAAAGCCUCAGUCUGGUGUCUGAAUGGGUGUCGGGUGUCGCCAGCUGUCCUCACAACCCACACUCAAAUGUGACAGCGAUAUUUGCGAACAGUGGAGAAUAUUUUGCGGGGACUCCGACAGAUUUUACUAGUUCGGACACUGCUAUUUGCAGGAGUCACGGCGCUUCACCUCGCAAAUCGGUAAUGCUUCGCACAACUCAGUACGAUUCCAAUUGGUUGAAUGAACCACAAUUCGUUGGCAGUUUCGAAGAUGAACAUUUUAUUUAUUUCGUAUUCAGAGAGAUUGCUGUGGAAUACUUGAACUACGGCAAGGCAAUAUACUCGCGUAUAGCACGCGUCUGCAAAAAUGACUCUGGCGGCCAUCUUGUGAUGAAGGAUAAUUGGAGUACGUUCCUGAAAGCACGCCUAAAAUGUCCCGUACCAGGAGAUCUGCCGUUUUACUAUGACGAAGUGCAGAGCGUCGAGUAUCUUUCCCAGGAAAAGAUACUGGUCGCUGUCUUUACUACACCCACUAACAGCAUAGCCGGCAGUGCAGUGUGCAUCUACAAUAUGUCGGAUAUUCACAUGGCUUUCGAAGGCCCCUACAAAGUACAAGAGUCCCGAAUGUCUACUUGGGAGCCCAGGUCCCCUUCACAUCUAGCAAGGGAACACUUUAAAUGUAACAGUGAUACCAGAUAUCAUCAAUCCAUCGAAUAUCGUAAUUAUCAUUUGAUGUACGAAUCAAUCCAACCCAUAUCUGGUGAACCUGUAUAUAAGGCUACGUUGAAACGCUUCACACACGUCACCGUCGAUGUAACCGACACUAAAAACGUUGCCAAACAACUCGUGGUGUUUGUGGCAACACAAAACGAUGAAAUUAUGAAGUUGGCAAUACUGCCAAGGUACGAGGGUGCCUGUUUAGUUGAGACUUGGAGGUUGAAGAAUGGGAAGGAAGGAUUUAAUAUAAACACGAUGCAGUUUGUUAAGGCUUCUAUGUCGAUCUACAUAGGCAGUGAUAAUGGCGUUUUGAGAAUAGGCAGUGAAAGGUGUUCUCGCUACAAGAGUCGAUCAAGUUGUGUGGGUGCCGUCGAUCCGCAUUGCGGCUGGGACGAUGCUCGAGAACUGUGUGUGAAAGCAUCGACGCAUUUACAAGAUUCUUACUUCAUUCAGUCCACUGCUAGCUGCCCUACUGUCAACACGCCUGUCGACGGUGGCUGGUCGUCAUGGUUGGACUGGGAGCAAUGCAUGCAAGAUGACACACCGUAUGCUGCUUACAGCGACGAUAAACCAGACAUGUGCAUGUGCAGAAAGCGCCGAUGUGACAACCCUAGGCCCGCGAAUGGAGGACAAAACUGUCAAGGUGCAAGCAUAGCAGUAACCAACUGUACUGUGCAUGGAGGAUGGUCCGCCUGGUCUGGUUGGUCAGAGUGCUCCGCAUCUUGCGGUAUCGCCGUUAAAUCCCGUCGAAGAUCGUGCACAUCGCCUGAACCGAAGUUUGGAGGUCGUGUUUGCGUUGGAUUGGAUGUAAAGGAUAUGUACUGCUCUAAUCUGCCACCAUGCCCUGAUCCCGCAUUAGCUCCAGUUGAUGGCUCAUGGUCUCCAUGGAAUGCUUGGUCACCCUGUACCGGCACGGGAUGUGGUGUCGGUGCAGGGAUUCGGGAGAGGCGGCGAGUUUGUGGCAGCCCUGCGCCCAAACACGGUGGGGCAGAUUGUGACGGACCACGCUCCGAGCGACAAUCCUGCGACCUAAGGCCUUGUGAGCUGAGGAAGGCCACUGCCUGGUCGCCUUGGGUGCAAAUACCAAGUAAUACUUCAGAUGGGAGUUACAUGGAAAAAAGAUUCAAGUUCUUAUGUAAAGCGCCAACACCGGAACAGAUUAGGUUAUCACUGGCACGUGAAGAAGAGAGAUACUGCAACGCUCGAGGAACAUGUAGCAGUACGCCCCCAGAGGAGGAUUCGGCCUGGGAGCCCUGGGGGCCUUGGGAGGCCUGCUCGGCUGCGUGUGGUGGGGGACAGCAAGCCCGCAGGCGGCGCUGUCGUAACACUUCUUGCGAAGGGCCUGCGGACAUGUUACGUGCAUGUAAUACGCACGCAUGCGUCGGUCAAUGGGCUUGUUGGAGCGAAUGGAGUGAAUGUAGUGGAAGUUGUGAUUCCGGUUCCACCGGGCAUCGGACUCGUACACGCAUGUGCCUCUCGCCUGAAGGUUGUGCGGACGCUGGAGCUGCUCUUGAGAGACGUAUCUGCGUUAAUAAUUGUGCAGAAACCGAAGUUGGCUGGGGCCCAUGGGGCGAAUGGGGAGAAUGCCACAGCGGCGAAAGACUUAGAAGACGCAGUUGCGAGUCCGGAGCCUGUGUUGGACCUCAACUGCAAGUAGCCAGUUGUGCUUCCGAUGACGCUGAUAUGGAUAACGAGUUAAACGCGAUGCCAGCUUAUAGCCAAAACGUGGAAAUGGCGUCAUUCGUCACCAUGUCUAACCACGAGUCGCUAAGUAUAGGCGGCAUUAUUGGCUGCGUGGUAGCUGCGUUUGUUGUAGGUGUUCUGGUUUGCCUGGCUUCGGUUAUCUUCUGCCAAAGGCGUGGGUCGCUGCCGUGGAACCGACAACCCCGCGUGCCAUCUAGCCCGCACUACAUUACAGCAAAGCAGAACAGUUACGUCACGGUGCCGCUUAAGGAAGUGCCUCGUAAAGCAAAGCGGCAGCCAUCUUUCUCCGGCAUUGGCAAUACAAGUGGGAUACUCCUCUCAAAGAGCAACAAUCUAUCCAACGCGAAUCACAACAAUCCCCUGACAACACCGAAACUAUACCCAAAGGCUAUCGCGAAUGAAUACGAUUCAAUGGGCACCUUACGAAGACACUCCAACCAGCCAAACAAUAAAACUAACCUUGACAUCGAGGAAGACAAGUUUUACUGAAGAACACAACCUUGUAUGUAUAUCGGAACUAAAUUAUUUACAUGCUUUUAUUAGGCAGAAAAUUUUGUAUUAAUAUGUACAUAAGGUAACAAUUUAAAAGGAUUCUAAGCCUUAAGGGACAUGUUAAAGCAAUUAGUUGAAUGUUACUUUUUGCUUUAACAAAUUAUAGUGUGACAAGGAACGCGUGCUAUACGCUUGGUAUAUUAUGCCCCUGUUGCUGAUCUCUGAGAUUACGGCAACCCUUUUGACGUACUGAAAAAAAAAGUGCUUCCAGUACUAUAGAAAACGUAUCGUCUUGUAGCUUUUAAUAUUGUAAAUAACUUUUUAGGAGCUCUUAAAGAGCUAUAUAGCUCAGUGCAUACGUUUAUGAUAAACUGAUCGAUGAACAUCGUGGAAUUUUAUGACUCUUAAUAGAUAAGGGUAUGUUACGAAGACAUUCCAACCGAAACAAAUAAGACAAAACUCAGUAUCAAGUAAGACGAGUCUUAGCGAUGAUAUUGAUUUCACGUGCAUUUACAGGCAGUGUAUAUUAUGAUCUUCGUGCAAGGUCAUGGUUUAGUUUAUUUUUAAAAUAUUCCAUGUAAACUCUGUGUGUUUGCUGUCUAGAUGACAUUCCAAAAAGGCUUCGAUCAAUAAUUUACUACUAGAUAUGCUGCCAGUUUAAAAAGUAUCCGUGAAAAAUAAGUUCUCAACCACGAAUUCGGAAUCUAUAUUCGGUAGUUAGUAAGUCACUAACAAAGAAAGAAAAUAAAGCCAAUACGAAUGUGCUUAGCGUCCGAAAGAGCGACGAAAGUGGCUGGUCUUAUUUAUUACGUAUUUUAAAUAAGAAUCUUCAUAUUAUGUUAUGAGAUAUUCAAUUUAUUUUUGAAUAGCUAACAAGUUAUAAGUUUACACAAGUCGGACACAUUUUAGGACUGUACGAGUAUAUGUAAUAGGUACAUUAAUGAUCGACGUAAAAGUGAACAAACAAACUAAUAUAAUUGUAGCUGGGUGUUAUAUAUGUAUAACUUUUUUCGGCUAAAUGGUAAAUACCAUAGAUAAUGAUCCAAAAAAUAUACCUACAUAAAAAUUGUGGCUAGAUGUUAAGGCUAGCUUUACAAUAAAAUGGCUAUAUAGUUAAUAAUAGUUAAAGGUCCAUGUGAUCCAAAAGAGCUUUGGAUAAGCUACUAUAUUUUAUUGCGAUAUUCUACUAUCGUAUCGUCAAAAAUUCCGCAUGUUUAGAACAUGGAUGGAACAUUGGACGAUACCUGCUUUGACAAAUAGUUACAAAAUAACUGAUCAGCAUUUCGUACCUGUUUGGGAGAGAAGUACGAUCGCACAAUCUUACUUGACUGGUGUGAAGUGCGAAAGCUAUCGGAAACGUUUGCGCAUAAACUAUGUAAAAAGUCGCCAUUGAAUUCCUAAAGAGCAUUUCUGCCCGGCCUUUAGUGCUUAUUUCAGACCGGCCAACAUAGAUUGAGCGUAUUGUAAAACAAAAUUUAUCACUAUCCGAUUAAACAUAAUGUUCUUGGCCGGUACUUAAUAGCGGAUAUACGAGAAACAUUUUUAAGAAAAUAGCAUAUAUAGUUACUUUAUUUAGUCACAACAAUUUCAUGACUUUCUUUUUUCUCACAAGAUAAAACACCAGUUGGUACAUAGGGGAAACUCAAUUGAAAUUGAAACCAAAAGUCAAACCUUUAACAAAAUAAACAGCGAUACUCUUACGAUAUCUUACGAUAACUCAAAAACAGUGUCCACAAAAUUUCACUAGUGCUUCUUAUAUAAGACAUUUCUGUCCGAUAUAUUAUAUACGAGAUAUUCCCAUGGGUUGCUUCUGAGAAACGGAUCUUGAUGCGUAGCGCAGAUAAAUCAUAAAGAGCGAGAAGACUUUGGACUUCGUACAAACUGAUACAAUACAUUUUUUCUGUCCAACAUAAUAAUAUUACAAAAGUUUUAUGAUGGAUCUUCUAAUUCUCGUCCACACAUUGGUGCGUUGGAUGAAAUCCCUACUAAUAUUAUAAAUGUGAAUGUAAGUUUGUUUGUUACGC